GACAUCGCGUCGCUCUCCGCCAUUUUGGUAAUUGGCCGCGUACUCUUGCUCUACAAACUCUUCUUCCUCAUCUAUUCCGAACUUUGACAGUUCAUUGGUGGUCAUUGUUUUCAUCAUCAUGGAGACAUUCAAAUGCUGAGAUGUUGAUCAAGUGUUCAGAAUCAGUCGUUAACUUAAACAACAAGAUCUACUGCUACUGGCAUGACUGGAGUAAUCGAGUUCUGAAUUGGACAUCUUUCGUCAAGUUCACGAAUCACCGUCGGUUGUUGGCCUACGACUGGGACUGGGAAGAAUGAUCAGAUAAUACUACAGUAGUACAGAUGCAUGUCAUGAUGCAGUUCAUUGGUGGUCAUUGUUUUCAUCAUCAUGGAGACAUUCAAAUGCUGAGAUGUUGAUCAAGUGUUCAGAAUCAGUCGUUAACUUAAACAACAAGAUCUACUGCUACUGGCAUGACUGGAGUAAUCGAGUUCUGAAUUGGACAUCUUUCGUCAAGUUCACGAAUCACCGUCGGUUGUUGGCCUACGACUGGGACUGGGAAGAAUGAUCAGAUAAUACUACAGUAGUACAGAUGCAUGUCAUGAUGCAGUUCAUUGGUGGUCAUUGUUUUCAUCAUCAUGGAGACAUUCAAAUGCUGAGAUGUUGAUCAAGUGUUCAGAAUCAGUCGUUAACUUAAACAACAAGAUCUACUGCUACUGGCAUGACUGGAGUAAUCGAGUUCUGAAUUGGACAUCUUUCGUCAAGUUCACGAAUCACCGUCGGUUGUUGGCCUACGACUGGGACUGGGAAGAAUGAUCAGAUAAUACUACAGUAGUACAGAUGCAUGUCAUGAUGCAGAAUUUGUGUGGGUAGACCUAUUGAAUGAGAAUGGAAAUGGAAAAGAAAGAUAGAAGUUCCGUCACCGAAGAAGAAUUUUUGAGAUUGGCCCAGCUCAUCCCACCGAGGUACUAUUCAGAUUUAGGGAUACAUUUGGGAAUCUCAUCUGCUGAACUUGAUCAUAUCAUUGUCCAACAUUCAUUGGAUUACAAGGAUGCAUUGAUGACAAUGUUCACACGGUGGAGAGAUGGACAGCAUCCAGAUGAAGACAUCAGAGCUCUUCUUGCAGAAGGAUUAGAAAAGAGUGACUUAGGGGGAUUGUCCAAAGAACUUCUAGCUGGGAAUCUAAUCCAGAAAACAACAGAUGUCACACAAACAACUGCAACAACUUCAAGAGCAUCGACUUCAACAGGAGCAGCAGACAUGUCAGCAUUACCACAUACCAUCAGUGAGAGAGAACUUUCGAUGUUGUCAACAGAGAUCGGACCAAGUUACUACAAGAAAGUUGGCAUUAACCUCAAUAUCCCCAUUGUAACCCUUGAUAACAUCAAGGAGCGUACCCGAGAUAACUGCGAUGCUUUGAUGACAGCUUUCACAACAUGGAGGGAUAAACAGCUUCCAGACACAAACAUCAGGGCUCAUCUUGCAGAGGCUUUACAAAAGAGUGGUCUAGUGUGUCUGUCUCAGAAACUGAUUACUGGAAAUCUAUUGACAGAGUCAACAGGUGCACCUGUGACAAUUCCAGUAUCAGAGACCAAACCACUUACCCCUGACCUGAUUAAGAGAUGUAAAGAUGAGCUCCAAUUCAAGUACAGGACUGAUUUCUGUAUGAUAAGAGCUGAUCCACUAGAUCCUGAUUCUGUUGUGCCAUUCAAAGAUAUGUACACAAGCCCUAUCUUGGAAGAAGAAAAACGAAAGGAAAGGAUUAUUCUUGAGUACAAAAAUCUCUUUAAUCUCAAAGUCAAUGGCAUCUUCCCCAAACGGAUUAUGGUCCAAGGAGAGGCAGGGGCCGGAAAGACCACAUUCUUGGCUAAGAUUGCAUGGGACUGGAUAAACGAUAGUCCAGAUCUGUCAAAGUUUGUGUGGGUACUCAUUAUCCCUCUGCGUGAAGCCAAGCGAUACACAAUUGGUCAGAUUGUUAAGUCAUAUCUCUCAAAGGACAACCCAGCAAAAGCCUGUCAGAUCACCGAGUACAUCCGUUCAAAUCCAGAAAAGGUAUUCAUUGCCUGUGAUGGAUUAGAUGAGUUUAGUGGCAAGGUUGUACAGCACUCUGAAACCAAGGAAUGUUCAGAAGGUGCUCAGUCAGAGUCUAAUGAUCAAACUGAUGGGAAAUCAGAAUCCCAAAUGAGCAAUAAGAGAGAGCAAUGUUUUGAUCAAGGCACAAACAGAAACAAAUCAAGAUUAGAGGAGAGCAAACAACCACGGGUAAAGCAGCAUUUUCCUUCAGGUACAUCAAGAUCUGCUGAUCAAACCACAGUAGGAUCAGAAACAAGUCCAGCAAGUGCAUCUAUGCACCAAAGUACUAACACCCAACCCAAUGUAAGUUCUUUGGAGAGAGGUGAUAUCACAGUUGAAGAUAUUCUUCGCUCAGAUGAACUUUGUACUUGCCCUGUAAUGGUGACAAGCCGUCCAUGGAAGGCCAAUCAAAUAAGGGGGAGCAGCAUUUUAAGAAAUCGAUACACAUUUAUCCAUGUGAAAGGCUUUAGCAGAGAGAAUGCAAAGAUUUACAUUCGCAAUUACUUCAAUGACACUAAGGCUACAGCAGAUGAAUUCAUCCAAUUGUUUGAAAACAAUGAUAUCAUAUCAGAGAAUAUGGCACCAUAUCCUAUCUACAUAUCUAUGCUCUGUCACAUGUGGAUAGAACUUGAUAACAACAAGAAAGAAGAGUUGAAGGCUUUCCAAACAUUUUCUGAAAUAUUCUGUGAAGUGUUUGAAUUCCUAAAGGUGCAUUAUGUCCAGAAAGAGAUCCAAGAUUUAAGUAGCCCAUUAUUCAAUACCUAUCGCUCUGAAAUUGAGAAACUCUUGGAACCAAUUGCCAAGGUUGCUUUUACUGGACUACAAUCAAAUAACCUUAUUUUCAAUGAAGAAGAUCUUGAACAGUACUCAGACUCUGUGGAAAAAGCCUACAAAGUAGGGGUGUUGUCACGGAAGAAUAAGCUCUCAAUUCACGAUAAGAGCAGACCGUUCCUGCAGUCAACAUUCUUAUUUCCACAUAAACUAUUCCAGGAGUACAUGGCGGCAGUCUAUCUUGCUUCUCUCUUUGAUUCAGAUCGCACUGAAUUUAACAGGCUGAUUGAGGAAGUAGUGAUCCCUAGGAAGGAAGAGUUUAGGUAUCUCCUGUACUUCACUGUGUCUCAGGACAAAAAUAUUGCUAAGUAUACCACAAAAUGUUUGUUACAACAGUACACCCAAAUCAAAAGCAAUCGUUCACUGGAGAAGGAGAUGAACUUCUUGGUUGAUGUAACCUUUGAGGAUCAAGAUGAAGAUACCAACGCCAUGCUUCGGAAUUCAGUAUCAUCUCUGUCCAUCCGUGUUGAAGACACACACACUAUAGCUGGUUAUGCAUCCUCUGGGAUAUAUUCAAAGGCGAUCGCAAUGCAUGUUACUGGAUACUACGGACCAGGAAUAUCAAAUGAGGUUGCAGUGAUGGUAUGCUCAGCACCAUUACUAAGGGAUGUUAGACUGAUUGGAGGGUUUCACCCUUCCUUCUAUGAAACUCUUGCCAGACAAGGAAGGACAGCCAGAGUAAGUAGAAAUUCAUCUUAAAGAAUAAGAUGGUCAUGUUGAUGUUAGAAUUUAUAAGAAGGAAGAAGAUGAUUAGUGAUAUGAAAAUGAAGGUGCUAAAAACAAUACUAAUAGUAUUUUAUAAUUCUAGAUUAUGUAACACUGAAAUUGUAAUCAUGAUAUAAUGCUGAUGACUUUAUAUGAUUGCAAUUUAAGUUGCCUACAUUAUAGUGAUUUAUUAUGCCAGUCUUGUACAGUGACAUUCCUAGAUACAUGUAAGGCAAAUUAAUUAUUAAACAACCAGUCUGGAAAAAACACGACAAUUGUUUUUAUUUUUUUAAUAAAUCACCUUUUAUUGAUAAAAAGGGAACCAAUUACAAUAAGCCCAAGUUAUUUGUUUUAGACGAACAGUAUACAGGGCAACGUAGAAUGAAUAUACAUGUACAUAAACAAACAUAAAGCAAUCGAUAAUAUCCACAUGGAUUAUAACAAGUCAAUUCAAUUUAUAACGAAAUUCAUAAUAAAGUAUUUAAAGGGGAGGAGGAGAUGCUAACAUGUGGUUUAACUAAUUUUGUUACGAUUUUUUUUUUUUACAUGAAUUCAUAAUUGUGUAGGAGCUGUAUUUUAUAUUUUAUUAGCUCUAGUAUACGCGGGUUCUUCCAACACAGAACAAGAAACAGAUGAAGAGGUAGAUGUUACUGGUUUGAAGGUCUGUGCUCAACUGCCUGAGCUUGGCAGGGCAUAAUUUAUUCUUCAUUUCCUCUCUAGGCUUUCUUUGCACAAGGUACUAGAUUUUAAUACAUAUUCAAAUUAACUUGGAAGAUGACAAUAACAGAAGUAACGCAUCAUCAUGAAUACGAACCAAUCAAACAUAUUAAAGGAGUCUUACAACAUGAAUAUUCAUGAUUCAGUCAACCAAGAGAGAGGAGGGGAGUAAUUACAUAGCUGAGAGGACCAAGAGAUAAAGGAAUUUGGUAACAAAAGGAAUGAUCAAGUGUGGGGUGCAAGGGAUGAAGGAUGGAUGAGGAUAACAAAGGAGAUGGGGAUAACAAAGAUAAAUGAGGAUAAAAGGCAAGAAUGCUGAUGGAGACUGAAGAAAAGGGGAGAGUAAAUUAGGGUUUUUUGGAGUAGAGCAAUGUCCUGAAAAUGAGAGAGGGGUUAAAGAACUCUGUGAACUCUGGCUUAAGGUAAUGAACUUGAAUAAACUUGAAUAAUGUACAAACUAGUUCCCUACAUAAUAUUCCUUUCUCCAAAUAAAAUGUCCUCAUUUUAGGAUCUCAAAAACAAAUUUUAAGUAAACAUGGUCAUUUAUAAACUAUGAAAUAAAAGUACAUAGAAAAUGAUUUUUAAAUCUGUAAAUCAUUCAUAUGACAAUAUUCCAUCAGAAUCUUCAAGUCAUGAAGGACACAAGAAAUCAUUUCAUGAUAAAUUUAGAUCCUAUCAAGAUAAAAUUAAAUAAGAUCCUCGUUCUAUACCUGGACCUAUUCGAACUAUUCCUGUUUGUAUAUUUCUCUCAUUGACGUUUCAUAAACCAAAAAUACAUUUUUACAUGACAAACUUGUCCGUAAUAGUAUUCUUUUUCUUUUUUUUCUUCAAAUUUCAGUAAAAAUAAUCAUGCAAUCAAUUUCUUCCUUUUUUCUAAGAAUAUUAAAAUCCUGUCUCAGAUAUGUGCAUACAUGUAUGAUAUAUAUUUAAUCAUUUCCAUUAAAUGUCAUAUUUUGAAAACAUUACAC